AUGAUACUGCGAGGAAUCCGGCUCCAGGUGUUGCUGCUCUUCAUCGUGCCGUUGCUCUCCCUUGUUUCCGCAGGCAAACCAACGUCCUUCUGCAAGUGCACUUGCUGGACAAACAGCACUAUCAUACCUCUCGGCCCGCCAGGCUCAGUCGCACCGCUAGAUCCACGGUCACGAGAUACACUGUCCUUUCGAGACUUCAUCAGCGGCCGAGGCAAUGGGGCGGUGAAAUUGCCCACGCCGGAUGGUGGCGAGGGAGACGACGAGGCGAAAGACCAUGGGGGACGAAGCUGUAAUGACUGCAAUAGACGGUUCUGCCUAGACCAACAUUUGCCUAAAUGCAAGGGGGCAGUAGAAGAGAAUGUUUUUACGACUUGUUUCCAGCGAGAUUCAAAUAAAGACAAGGCUGUUGUUUUCAUAUUCAUCAUUGCAACUGCGAGUUUGUUAGCCUGGGCUGCAGUCAAGCCGUGGGCAGAGACAUGGAUUCAGCGCUUCAGAGAAAGGCGUUCCUAUCUCCCUAUUUCAUCCGAGGGAGAAGGCAGAUAA